GCAUCCUCCAUCCAAUCCCCCCCAUCCCCAAAAAUUCGGGUGUGCAAAUAGCCUAGGAUUCCGAGCGCGAUCCUGCACACACACCCACCACCACCUUUCUGCCAAGUGCUUCUCUGUUUUAUCAUUCUCACUUUUCCCGCCACUUCGCACAUCUGUUACUUAUCCUCCUUGUGUCGUUUGCUUGUUACAUCGAGUAUUCGCUUUGCCCUAACAAACCCGUCGACCAAGGAACCCUGACCACCGCGACAAACACCCCGCCGCGCAAACAUAAACAACCACCCUUCAUGAUUCGCCCUUAAUUCUUUGCUAAAGAAGAGUCUCGUCGCCAAUCUCUUCAACCACACAUCACCACAUCGCCCAUCAUGGGUGACCCGAAACCCAACACACAGCAACCACAACAGCGCAUGACGAGAGCGCGUGUGGCCUCGUCUGCCGUCACCAAAAAUGCUAGAGCCAUGACGGCCGCGGCCAGAGCCAGGAGCGCGACCACCAGCACCACAUCCGCGACAUCUGCCACGACCGCCCCAUCGAGAGCCACCGCGCCCACUGCCUCGACAAGCCUCAAGAGAAAGACGCGGACCGACGAUGAUGAGGACGACAACGACCAUCAUGCAAAGCAUCGUUCUGCCCCAGCCCCCGUUACGCGACCUGUACGCCUGCCAGCCGCCGCUCUCGCAACCACCCGCGCCACCCGAGCACGAGCACGGAAUCCAGCCAACGGAGCUGCAAAGACAUCGAGACCUGCCUCGUCUUCACUUGCAUCAAGACCUGCGUCAUCAGCCUCCACCAGACCGCCAGUAAUCACCGCGCGCGGUAGGCCGCCAACCAAAGCUCAAGAACCUGCCUCCAAGGCCACUCGCGCGACGCGUUCAGCCAAACCCGGCGAUGACCAGACUUCCUCAACAGCCACCUCCAGAAACACCAGCACAACCAGGACGCGACCGACCAGCUCAACGGCGACCGCGCCCACCGCUGCAUCCAAAGCGCUCGCAAAGCCCGCCAUCAAGAGGACGGUCAAGUUUGAGGAGCCAGAAAAAGAGAACAUCGGGCCUCCGGGAGGAAGAAAGAAGAAGACAGGUCCAAUUGCAAAUACCGGAGGGCUUCGCGCAAAGCCAGUCAGGACUCGAGCGGGUGCGGCAGUAAAGGGAUCAACAUCAACGGCCAGGAGAGGUGUUGCUAAUAAUGGCGCGACAAACAAGCCAGUGUCUCGUUCUGGCCAAUCAGCCAACCCCAGCGAUGCUCAGGAAAACAUCAAGGUUGAAGCCGCCAAACACGCCGACGACUCGGAGGAUGAACUCGCUAUUCAUGAGAAUAGUCCGGCCUUGUUGCAGCCCUUGCUGACAGGCAGAGCUCCCAUCAAACCGCCGGCCUCGACGACCAGCAAAAAGGCACUGGAGAAACAACCCGAACAGGAUCCGCCCAAGGAGCCCGAAGCCCCGCCGGCAUUUAUAUCCACCGCGAAUCCCGAAUCUGCACAUCACAACAAGGAUGCCUCCGCCGAACCUGCAGUCUUGAAGCCACACUUCCUUCCAGCCGAACAUCUCUCGAUGCUCGCUUCUCCCGCUCGCCGUCCUCCGCCAUCCCCAUGGAAGAACAGCAUCAAGACCCCGGCAAAGCGUGUCGAAGGUCUGUUUGCUGGUGUGCCCCUACUCGCCAACCGACCGGAUGGGCAACCCGUUGCACAACCCGCCAAGAGCGGUCCCGGUCUUCUUGCCAGUCCAGCCAAGAGGCCACCUGGAAAUGCGACUGUGCUUAAUGGUGGUGGAGGUGUGCUUGCUGGUCCCGCUACCAUCUCUACAAACACUGGGAUGAUGAACCCGCCCUCUCUCUUUGCCAGUCCGGCCAAGAGGGUGCCUAUGUCUGCUGCCCAGCCACAGUCCGUUACGGAAGAACUUGCUGCUGAAGCAAAGCCCUCUUUGCUCGCCAGCCCACCUGUCAAGUUCGGUACUGCGAGACGCAAGUCGCAGCGUCUGGAAGAGAUGGCGCGGGAGCAGGAACACAAAGAGCAGGAAACGGAUGCCAAGGACGAGGAACAUGAUGACCAAGCGGAAGCGGAUGAAGAGAUGGCGAACGGGCAGCAGAUCCACGAACAGGAGGAGGAGGAUGAAGAGAUGGACUCUGCGGACGAAGAGGAUGAAGACGGUCCUUCUGGUGAGCUUGGCGAGCGUACGAUGCAGAUUCUCACUUCCUCGACAAAGCCAGCUAGGCUACUCUUUACUGGACGCCGACGAUCUCUCAGGCAUAUCGAGAAAGAAGCCGAAGCUGCCGUUCAGGAAGAACCAGAAACCCUACCUGAAGAUGAGCAUGACCAGGAAGAGGCGCAGCAAGAAGAGGGGCAAGGGGAGGUUCAAGAGGAGGUUCAGGAGGAGGUGCAGGAGGAGGUGCAGGAGGAGGCGCAAGAGGACAGGGAAGAGGAGGUGCAAGAGGAAGAGUCCGAGGUUGAGCAGGAAAAUGUUGAGGAAGAGCACGAAAAGGGGCACGAGAUUGAACAAGAUCAGGAUCACGAGAUGGAAGACCAGGAAGAGGAGCAGAGUGCCGAGCCCGAGGUCACCGAGCCGGAUGACGAGGAGGACUCGAUGGAGGUCGAUGAGGUCGAGCUGGGCAACGGAAGCGUCGAACAAAUCGUCAUUCCCGAGACGCCGCAGCCUGAAAAUGAUGAUCAGAGCUACUUGGACAUCGACCAGAGCAUCAGCACCACUCCUCCCGAGUCACCACCUCAGCAUCUGCUGAAUGGUCCUUCGUUCGACAGUCUUCGCCAAGAUGUCCUCAACCCUACUGAAGACAACGAGGACGGUACUCCCGCCCAACCCCCAAGGGGUAGCAAGUCCAAUCCUCAUCCCGCUGCCACACCCUCUGUCAACAGCGGUCACCGGACACCUUCUGGUCGAAGCACAACUAAGAGAAUGCGCUUUGACAACAGCAGCUCUGGCUUGGGUUUCACGCCGCUGGCGGAGCAGUUGAACGGGUGGAAAGGAGGUGUUACACCGGCACCCCCCAAGGUUAAACUGCUGAAGGCCACGGCUACCCCAUCGAAGGCCGCUGCUGCUAACGACAACGCUAAGCUUGGAUUUACCCCUCUAGCUGAGAAGCUUAGUGGUUGGCACGGCGGAGUUACUCCGGCGCCUCCAAAGACCCAAGGACCUCUGAAGACUCCAGCACCCGCAAUGAACGAGACUAACGUGAGCCUUGGAUUUACACCCCUGGCCAAGCAGCUGAGUGGCUGGAACGGUGGUGUAACUCCCGCUAAGUCCAACACUGCGGCUCCUUUGGAAGGCAGGUUCGGUAAGAGGAGGAGUUCAAGGAGGUUGCAACAAGUGGACGAGCAGGAGGAGACACUCUUCGAUGUAGCCGCGAUGAAAGAGGCGGGGAUUUUCGGGACUUCGGUUGCUCGUCAACAGCAGCAACAGAAGUCGAAGGAGUCUUCGCCCGAGAAGACUAUGGAUCAUCCCUCUGAGAGAGCUGAUGCUGAGACUCCCGCUGAUGUUGAGACCCUUGUUCAGCAGCAACAGGAGGACAAGAACAUGGAACUGGCUCAGGAAAAGGAACAGGUUGUCAAAAUGGAGCAACAUGAGGAAGUUCAAGUAGACGCCGACUCUGCUGAUGUACAUGAGACACAUGUUGACGAGGAUGCUCACAAAGCUGCCGAGGCUGUCGAGGACGAAGAGGAGCAAGAGGAAGGGGACUCCGUUGAGAUAGCAAUGGCCGAUGCCGAUCAAGCCGAAGUCGACCCCGACGCCAUGGUUGACGAUGAUGACGCAUCUCCACUUCUCGAGGACAUCCCUAUCACCACCGAAGAUGUCGAGCUCGCAGCCGAGGCCGAGGCGCUAGCCCGCAUUUCUGAUGUGAUGGACACGACCGAUGGCGUCGAUAAGGAUGGAAGCCAGCACAGCAUCUCUGAUAGCCUCUCGGAAGCGAGCCAGGAAUAUGGCGAUGAGAAUGCCGUUCCGGUUGUGGCCGAGUUCACUACCCGCCCUCUGAAUGUCAACCUCUUCACGCCGGCUGACACGACAAAUCGGGUCACCAGACGAGCUUCCGCUGCUCUUGCUCACCCGACCACCCCUGUUCGCCCGCAGGCUGCCCUCAGGGAAGUGCACACAGUGUCCAAGGUUCCUCUCAAAUCUGCUGAUGGAGCCAACUCUGCGCCACCGCGUUCUCUCAGACCUAGGAAGUCGGGGAGAAGCAGUCUCUCGAGGGUCUCAUUUGCGGAUACUGCUGAUGUUAUCAUAGAAGAGCGUCAGGAGGAUAUGGAGACCGUGGAAGAGGAGGCCGAGGAGGAGCACGAGCAGGAGCAAGUGAAUGAGCCGGUUGACGUGCAUAUGCAGCAGACUCCACUCAAAACCACUCCCGCUAAGCAAACUCCAGCUCAGCAGACAACUCCCUUCAAGACACCUUUGAAGCAGACUCCACCUCAAGUGGUCGCUGGACAGAAUAACGCUCCUGUACCGUCGCCUCCCAAAGGCCACGAGAUGACUACAGAUGAGAGCGGCCGCCAGAGACGCCGCAGCCGGCGGAUCUCCAGCAUGGGUGCAGGGGCAUCACUGGCCGAGAUCCCCGAAGACGAAGCCGAGUUCGGGUCCCCGAUUGCCGAGGAACCAGAGGCAGAGGACGAAGAAGAUGACUUUAUCCCCUCCGAGCCGGUCACGCCCGCCAAGUCCGAGGUCGAGUGGUCGGCUAUGGACACGCCUGCUCGUACCCCUCACAAGGACCUCAAUCCCAAGCUCUUGAGGGGAGCGGUUGUGUACUGCGAUGUGCAUACUGCUGAGGGCGCGGAUGCCAGUGGGCUCUUUAUUGAGCUGCUAGGGCAGAUGGGCGCGCGUUGCGUAAAGAAUUGGUCGUGGAAUCCCAGUACUGGUGCUUCGGGUGAUGAACCGGUGUCUGGGCCAGGACAGAAGAUUGGUAUCACGCAUGUAGUGUUCAAGGAUGGUAGCAAGAGGACGCUGGAGAAGGUCAAGGAGAGUCAAGGUGUUGUGCAGUGCGUGGGAGUCAGCUGGGUUCUUGAUUGCGAACGUGAAAACAAGUGGCUGGACGAAGCCGACUACUUGAUCGACCUCUCUUUCAUCCCCCGCGGCGGUGCCCGCAGGAGAAAGAGCAUGGAGCCCAAGGCGCUAGCCAAUCUCAACGGUACCCUCGUGCCCUCCGGCUCCGGUUCCAGCUCCAGCGCGACCAUCGCCACCAAGACGACCACUACCACAACCACGACCACCUCAUCAUUCUCCUCUUCAACUACCACCCGCCAAACCCAACAACAACACCCCACAACCCCCGGCAACACCACCAACACUGGCCGCAGCAAGCGCCGCUCCUCCUCCCUUUGGAUCCGCACCCCUCCCUCCCCCGACGCCUCUUCAUCAUCCCCCGGUGGUGACAACAACAACCGCCGCGUAAGCGACUCCAUCCUCGCCAUGUCCACAUCAACCAACUCGAGACCUCAAGCAGACGAAGAAGAGGAAGAAGAAAGGGAAUGGUCCACCUUCUCGCCCAUCCCCAAGACCCCGGCCCCCGAGACCAUCGCCCGUCUAGCAGCUAACCUAUCUCCCGCUUCUUCCACCACUACCACCACCGAUUACCCCGGCGGCGGUGGUGACAUUGACAUUGACAUUGACGGAGGUUCAUUCCUGAUCCCAGCCGACGAAGCCGGCCACGAGGCCGAGUUCCUAAGGGAAGCGAUGCCGGAGCGGGAGCGCGAAAGUCACGCUUUCUACGAGAGAGGAGCCAUGACGUGUCCGCCCAAGCCUAGUUUAAGCUAUGCUGUUCCUUCCACUACUAUUGGUUCCUCGACAACGGCAACAGGUAACGGUAGAAGGAGUCUGUUUUCCGUCUCAGUCGGGUCUGGCUCUGCCCCUGGAUUUUUGAGUCAGGAUGAGAUGGAUGUUGAUGGCAACAAUAACCACAACAACGGCGAGGGACCAACUUCUGCUGCUGCUGCUGCUGCUACCGCUCCGCUGAGCACAAUGGCAGGAACAAUGGGUCUACUCCGAGGAGGAGGCCGUGAUAACAACAACAAUAACACCCGCGAAAGAAACCUGGGAGUCAUGAUGCGGUUGAAUGCGGCGAGACGAAAGAGCUUGCAGUUUGCGCCCAAGGUGGGGAGUCCGCUUGCGAGGAGUUGGACGGGGAACAAUAACAACAACAACAACAACAACAACAAUAACAAUAACAAUAACGGUGGAGGGGGAAGUGUCGGGGGUGGUGGUGUUGGAGGCACAGCGAAGUAAAAGCAGUGGGGGAAAAUGAAAAGAUCAGGGAGAGAGGGAGGAUUCGCUUGCUUUUUACUUAAUUGUUUUGUCUGUUGUUGUUGUUGUCGUCCUUUUGUGUUAUUUGCUGCUGUUGGAGUAAAAAGAGAGAGGUUUGUUAGGCUCAUCAAGGUAUACCAUCCAUGGCGUUUUUUCUUGUUUGAAGGAGGAAAGGGAGGGAGGGAGGGUUAAAGUUUGGUUCGUCUGUCUUUUUCAGGUGUAAUGCGAAGGAAUGAAUGGUUUAUGGAGUUUCUCUCAUGGAUGGAACAUGUUUUGAUGUUGAGGUGCUGUUUGGGCUGUGAAAUGACCAAGAUGUUUCUUCUCGGUUUUUGUGAGAAUAUUGUUCAGAAACCGAAUCACUCGCUCCCUGAUUGCCAUGAAGAGUUUUGGCUUGUUGAGGAUGACCAGGGGCUGUGUACAUCGUUAUGAAUCAAGUACACUUACUGCGUAGAUGCGAGUAUGUUUACC